CUCUGUGGCUGAGCUCCAGUUCUGGAUAUUACUGUCGGAAUCCGGAAAUGAUGAAAAUUGCAGAGAAAGAGAGAGAAAAAAAAAGUCACACACACACACAAAAAAAAAAGAGUCUGUGAAGAAGAGUUUGGAGAGAAUAUAAUGUGAAGGAGGAGGAGGAGGAGGAGCAGUGCAGGGAAUCUGGUUGUCUCGCGCUCUGUCCGACCCUCAGGAGAGAACCCAAAUUAUAUAUAUAUAUAAAAAAAGGAACUUGAAUCACAGGAAAAAAAAAGGAGAAGAAGAAGGAGGAGAAGAAGAAGAAGAAGAAGAAAUAACCGAUUGUUUUCCGGGAAUCUCUGUAACAUUUUCUUGCUCUUCCCCUCAGAAAAAAAAUUAUAUAUCAAUAUAUAAAAGUUUUAUAAGUCGACGCGCAGCCAAAAAAAAAAGGGGGAGAGAGAGAGAGAGAGUGAGAGAGAGAGAGAGAGAGAGAGAGAGAGGGGGAAAACUGGGAUGUCUUUCAGCAGCUUUUCAGCUGCUUCGGUUUUUAGGGUCUGAAGUGCCUUGAGAGUGAGCUGAGCCGCUUGGCAGAUGUCCCAGGUGGAAGAGCCUCUAGGGCCUGGGGGGCCAGAAGAGAACACUUUCACAGAGAACAGUGUUUUGCUCCAUACAGAUGACACUGGUAAAUGUGAUGAAGGAAGAGAAUGUGCACAGCAGAAGGAGACUUCACCUUCGUCAGAUAACUGGGCCAUACAUCAAGAUGUGCAGAAUCCAUCAAACCUGGUGAAUGACACCAGUACUGACCUCAUCAGAACUCAACCUCAACCACUGCCUCCGCCAACUACUUCAGCACUGGAACCGACUGAGGGCAAAACUGGAAAGCUGCAAAAUGGUCACACGAGUCCAACUGACGUAAAUGCAAUCCGCAAUGGAGUCUCGCAUGGGAUUUCAGACUGCAGAAAACAUUCUGCUCCUGUCUCCCAGAAGAUGCACAGAAAGUUACAGUCCAGCCUCUCUGUGAGUAGCGAUGGCAGCAAGAAAAGCAAGUUGAGCUCCACAAACUAUCAGAGAGCUGCUUCCAUACCAGAGGAUGGUUGUGUGCACUGCAUUCUUGCCUGCCUGUUUUGUGAGUUCAUCACCUUCUGCAACAUUAUCCUAGGACAAGCUUCUUGUGGCAUCUGUACUCCUGAAAACUGCUGUUGCUGCUGUGGGGCAGAAGACCUUGGGGAUGACUGCAAUUGCCCCUGUGACUUGGACUGUGGCAUAAUGGAUGCCUGCUGCGAGUCCUCGGACUGCUUGGAAAUCUGCAUGGAGUGUUGCGGGAUUUGCUUUCCAUCGUGAUCAUUUUUUUUAAAAAAAGGAACAGGACUUUUACUGAAAAAAAACUGGAGAUGCUGCCCUUUCUUCUGCCGAAAUUCAGAAGCAUUAUAAACAUAGCUCUACUCAACGGUGUCGAGAUUUUAAACCAAAGCAACUGCACACUUUUUAACUUUUGAAUACUUUCCUUUUUUGCAAAACAGAAAGAGUCACUGUGGGGAAACUGAUUUCAUCUCGGGAACUGAACUGUGCCUUUUAUCAUUUUGCCUUCUGAAAAUUCGCAGUCCAAUUUGUUUUGUAACUGGUGUUGGAAUUCCAAAGCUUGCAAAUAUGGCUUUAUUAUUCUGUGCAGACCAAGUUUCUUUUGUUGUAUAACUUUUUUUAAAAAUGAGUAUAUUUUCUUUUACAAAAGCAAAAUUGGAUGAUACGCUAAAACCCACAUUUUACAGUCGAGUUUCGUAAACUUUUCUCUUGUUCUUUGUUCUGAAAUCAAAUAGGGGAAAUUACCUUGCUUUCUAUCAACUCAAGCCUGCUUCAUGUUGUUUCCUUUGCUCUGGCCCACCAUUGGUAGCUAGCUUUCAGCCAGUUUUCUCAUGCCCUCUGACUCUUUCCAAAUCCCCCCACUUCACCCCCUUUCCCUCUUGACUUACAAAACCCAUCUUAAAAACUUAUCACUUUUGACUGCGCCUUCAGCCACUCCCCCCUACACCCUCCCUCACAUACACACACACACGCAAACACACCCUAAUCUCCUGUCUUGCUUGCGCUACCCCUUAGUAUUUGAAAAGCGCUUUUUUGAUGUUGUAAUGUUGUAUUGCAAAUGCUGUAUUAGGUUAUUAGUACAAUUAGUACAAUAACAAAUUGCAGUUAUAUAGUGACUUUCAUGUCGGGAGGACAUCUCAACACGCACGUUUACUGUAAACUACUGUUAAGUGUAUUUGGAAUCUUAGGAACUAUUUCUUUGUUGUGUUCCAAACAUAGGGACAAAUAUUUCAUCUCUGCUUUGCCCCCAACUAUCCCCUUUCCCAUAUUUUGCUGCAAACUGAAAACCCACUCAAGCAUUUCUGCAUGGGGAAAGUGGGAGGUGCUUUCAAUAUUCUCAUUUAUCUCAUUAAUUUAAAAACUUUAAAAUCUUUAUUUUUGCUUCCAAAAAUAGUGCAUUAUCUGGUUGUAAACAACUUAUUGUGUGAAGGUGUCAAUGAAUUGAACGAUGAAUUGAACAAAGGUGUUGAGGCAAUACAGUACAUACUAAGGUUAUGAUUCUUACUUUGUAGGUCAGGUUUGUGUUCUUAAAAUUGUUUGUACUUCCGUUUUGAUCAAAGUUAGCCAAAGCAGUCAUUUCAUAUAUAUAUGUGUGUGUGAGUGUCUGUACUUGAGAGUGAGCUUUAAUAACUUUCUCUAUUUUUACAGGCUAGAGCACUGGUCUAUGCCAUGUACUAAACCAAUCAACACUAAAUAAAAAUAAAAGCGAUUAGAAUCCA